ACUAAACUGAAAUUAACAAGAAAAAGGGUAAAUGCGGCAGUCGGAAGCGAAAACCACCGACCCGUUUCCCUUUUGCCCGGAGUAGAACAAAUACCGGCGGUUCAGCGGGGUCCGCUUGUCUCCGAUGAGAUCAAGAAAUCUGGCGGUAAACUUUCAAAGAAGAAGAGAAAGGAGAUCGAUGGGAGGGAUUGGGAGCAGACCCUUCUUCUUGGUGGGUCUGUUUCUUGCUAUGGUUUUGGGGUUCGCAGUCUAUUUUCGUCUAUGGAGCAUCGACUACUCCAUUUCCUCAGGAGACACCGAGUUGCUCAGAAAAGAGUUUGAUCUUGCACACAGGGAGGCCAUGGAUGAAUCUGCAGAGUGGCGCCGUAUGUAUGACCAGGAGCGGGUGAGGGCUUUGAAUUGUGAAAGGGAACUGACUCAAAUGAGACAGGCCAAGGAGGAAAGUUCUCCAGAUAUCAACAUGAAAUUGGCAGCCCUGCAGAAGGAAAAUGCAGCUUUGCUCAAGAAGUUGGAAGCCUUAAACAAUGAGAUCGAGGCCGAGAAGCUGAGGUGCAGAUCAAGAGAACUCCAUGGAUAACAGAUGGAUAAUGCACUCAGGUUGAAGAAAUUGCAUUCGAUAUCUCCAAAUCUGCCUGUCCACAUCUACCAUAAUCAACUAAUUCAGCAGGUGGUCUAAAUAUAUGAAAUUGUAAACCACUGCGAAAAGUGGAUGUGCAGAUUUUUGGUCGUUUGUACGAGUUUUUGUGCGACUCGUGGAAUUGUUGAGUGCAGUACCCAAAAAUACGUUUUGUUCUGGUUCGGUUUUGAGGAUAUGAUAGCUGCCUUAUUCCCGGAUCUUGUCUUUCUCCAUAAUUGGAUCCACAUUUUUGAGGUUGUAUGUCCAUUUGGUUGGUCAA